AUGGGCGGACAUUCCCCUGGGUCCGAGUUUGAAAUUUUCGGCUCACUGGUACAUGGACCUGACGUCGUGGAGGUUGAUGAAUAUGCCUAUGGGCCGGGCUCUUGGUCGUGCACCAUGUGUAUCCUAGGCAUCAAGUCCUCCUUGGACCAGUACGUCGGGCGACAGUUCCACUUGUCCUUCUUCCGCUUGCCGCUGGAGGAAGAGCUCAAGGCCAUGGAGGCGAGGUUGACCUUCAUCAGACUCAAGAUCACGAACAGCCUGGAGGACGCCGAGCCGGAAUUCGAAGACUGCGUGGAGUGGGAGGAGUUGGAGGAGGCCUGUUCUUGGAGCAACAUGAGCGAAGCUAGGCAGCCAGCGGGUAAAAAUCUCGAAGCCCACAUGGCGCCACCUGCGCGGUCCACCGCCGGUGGCGAAGGCGCACGCAGCGGCAGGACGCAGAAGCCCUGGCAGGACCUGCUGGCGGCGCUGCAGGAGAAGCUGGAGCAUGGCACCAGUCUGCAGGCCAGCGACCUCGUCACGGCGGUCGUUUGCUGCAGCAAGGCCCUGCAAUGGCAGCAGGGCCUUGCCACGCUGCACUGCGCCGAGCGCGUAGGUGCUUCAGUGAGCAUCGUGGCACUCAACUCCAUCAUCAGCGCCUGUGGGAGGUGCACGGACUGGGCCAGGGCCCUCCACUUCUUGCAGGAGGUGGCAGAGUGGAGGAUGCAAAGAACAGUGGUGACCUACAGUUCUGCCAUCAGCGCCUGUGAGCGAGAAGCCCGAUGGGAUCAAGCCCUCCAGCUUCUCACGGAGCUACAGGGGAACCAGGUGCAGGCGAACCUCAUCACCUACAACUCGGCCAUCAGUGCUUUUGCCAAGGGGCAGCAGUGGCAGCAGGCCUUGCACCUGUUCUCUGAGCUUCAAGACGCCGGAGUCGCGGAUUCUGUUUCCUACACCUCUGCCAUCACGGCCUGCGAACGGGGCGAGCAGUGGCCAGCAUCGCUGGCUCUACUGGCAGACUUUCACGCGAACGGUUUUGAGCCGGACGUCUUCACCUGGAACGCAUGCAUCAAUGCGUGCAAAGCUGCCGCCGAAUGGCGUUGGGGUCUUUGCCUGCUGGCCGCAUUGAAAGAUGUCGAGCUCCAAGGCGACGUGAUCACAUACAGCUCUUCCAUCAGCACCUGCGAAAGGGCGGGGCAAUGGCAGUGGGCUUUGUUCUUGCUUGGAGCUCUUGAGGACUCACAGCUGCAGGCCAAUGCGAUCACUUACACUUCGGCUAUCAGCGCCUGCCAAAAGGACGGCCAGUGGGAGCGCGCCCUCCACAUCUUCCGUACCCUGCAAGAGAGGCAGCUACCAGACAGUGUGAUCGCCUACAACGCGACCAUCAGCGCCUGUGAGAAGGGGGAGCAGUGGCAGUGGGCCAUGCAGCUGUUAGCAGAACUAAAAGGCAGGAGGCUUGAAGCCACCUUGAUCACCUACAAUGCCGUCCUCAGUGCCUUUGAGAAGAGUAGCCGAUGGCAGGAGGCCCUCGACCUCUUGCAGCGUCUUCCAGCAGACCGGAUCAGCUACAACGCGGCCAUCAGCGCUUGCGAGAAGGCUGAGCAGUGGGAGCAGGCGCUGCAGCUCUUCUCCGACCUUCGCUUUGUGGCUGCAAUGGAUGGCGACGUGAUCACCUUCAACGCCACGGUCAGCGCCCUGGAGAAGGGCGGGCAGUGGCAGAAGGCCCUGCAUUUGCUCAGUGCUUGCCGUGAGGAGCGGCUGGAAAGAGAUGUGAUCAUGUACAGCUCCGCCGUCAGUGCCUGUGAGAAGGGGGAGCGGUGGGAGCUUUCAGUGCAGCUCCUCAUCGAGCUCCGGCAGUGCGGGCUGCAAGGGAACGUGAUCUCCUACAGCUCAGGCAUCAGCGCCUGCGACCGGGGCGCCCAAUGGCAACAAGCUCUGAAUCUACUCGACCACCUACAGGAGAAGCGCUUCGACGAGGAUGUCGUAGCGUACAACUCCGCGAUCAGCGCCUGCAACCAAGGCCAGCGUGCGCUCGUCCUACUGAAGGAGCUAGAGUCGAAGCGGCUUCGGGGCAACGUGGUGACCUACAACGCCGCCCUCAGUGCGUGUGAGAAGGGAGAGCAGUGGGAGGAGGCCAUUCUUCUGCUUUCCACGCUGGAGGAAAAGCAGCUUCAACCGGAUCGGAUCACUAUCAACACCGCCAUCAGCGCCUGCGAGAAGGGGAGGCAAUGGCAGCAAGCAUGGCAUCUGUUCCAAAACCUCAGGGAUGGUCGGCUGCAGGGCGACAUCAUCACCUACAACGCCAUGGUGAGUGCAUGCCUCGCCUGCAGCCAGCACGCCUUGGCCUUGGUGCUGGUCGCGGAGCUCCGGGGCGCCUCCCUACGCCAUGAUGUGAUCACGUACGAGACAGCAACCUCUGCCUGUGAGCAGUCUGGAAUCUCUGCCACCGUGCCACCACUCUUUGAUGAGCUGACUGCACAGUUUCUUGGAGACCUGAAACCCUAA